AUGUAUCCAAGGUUGAAGAGUCAGGUUGAUUUUGACGACGAUGCAGAUUAUCCUAAGUGGUUACAUGAAGUAAUUCAAUCUCCACAUGUAAAGGUCACCACUUCACAGAUGUAUUUCACACGAGGCUAUACUUUUCACACAUAUGAGUAUGGUAGACAGCGGGCAACCAGUAACUAUGGAAUAUGUGUGAAAGGGGAAACCGAUUUCUACGGUAUCUUGACAGAGAUUAUCGAAGUGGAAUUUCCAGGGAUAUUGAAGCUGAAAUGCGUCCUCUUCAAAUGUGAGUGGUUCGACCCCGUCGUCAACAGAGGUGUUCGGUUUAACAAAUUCGGUGUAGUUGAUGUCAAUGGUGGAAGAAGGUACAACAAAUUCGAGCCUUUCAUCUUAGCUUCACAAGCAGAUCAAGUUAGCUACCUUCCAUACCCUCGGAUGAGAGAAUCGGGAAUAAAUUGGUUAUCCGUGAUCAAAGUUACACCUCGAGGACGAAUCAUAAGUGGAGAAGAACCACCAUUGCAAGAAGAACAGAUAAAUGAAGUCGAGGAACCUGAACAACAAAUUGAUGACAUUCUUCUCAUUGAUCCGCAUAAUCAUGAGUAUGAAGAUCUUACCGACGAUGGCACAGAUGAAGCUGUUGAAGACGAGUUUAAUGAAAAUGAUGAUGUUUCUAGUGAUGACGAAAAUGUAUCUGAUUGAUGUAUUUGUGUUUUAAUAUGAUUGAUUUUCAGACUUAA